AUGGCAUUUAUUCAGAAGAGUUAUCUGACGAUGCGUCGACGGACAGGGACGAGAGAAAAUCCCUAUCUGUGCUACGUUGGUUGUCCAAGGAUUGAUUCUAAAAAGAGUAACAGUGAAUUGACAGUACACUUGCGUAUGUGCACGGAUAAGAAAUCAUACUCAUGCGACAUGUGUGACAAGGAGUUUAUCAGUAAUAGAGUACUGAUAAUACACCGGCGGACACACACGAGUGAAAAGCCGUACGCUUGUAACGUAUGCUACAAGUCGUUCUCUCAAAAGCUCACUUUGAUCAAUCACCUGCGGAUGCACACAGGUGAAAAACCGUACAAUUGUGACGUAUGCGAUAAUUCGUUCUCUCAAAGUAGCAAUUUCACCAGUCACCUGCGGACGCACACGGACGAAACACCGUACAAUUGUGACGUGUGCGCUAAGUCGUCCUCUCAAAGUAACAAUUUGACCAGUCACCUACGGACCCAUACGGGUGAAAGGCCGUAACCUUGUAACGUAUGCUACAGGUCGUUCUCUCAAAGGCUUACGUUGACCAAUCACCUGCGGACGCACACAGGUGAAAAGCCGUACCACUGCGACGUGUGA